AUGUGUCGAGCUUUUGCGACUACCCUUAAGGGUACUGCCAAAGAUUGGUACCGCACAUUGCGAUCCGGAUCCAUCGGCUCCUUCUCAGACAUGGAACAACUCUUCACCGACCACUUCCUUAGCAGUAGGAGAGUUGCUAAAACAAUUGGCCAUCUCAUGAGCAUAGCGCAAGGAGAGCAGGAGACUCUUAAAGAUUUUAUGCAUUGCUUCAACAUGGCAACCCUAGAGAUUCGCAACUUAGACAUGGGGGUGGCAUUAGCAGCCCUGACAACGGCUCUCCAGCCUAAAAGCUUCUUAUACUCGCUGAGGAAAAAGUCACCGAUAAACAUGGGGGAACUGAUGGUCCGAGCACAGAAGUACAUCAAUCUGGAGGAGAUGAUGGAUACAAGAGGAAGUUGCCUAGAGCGGAAAAGGAAAAACAGUAGCAGAGAAACAGGGGAUCCCUUUAGAUCCACAAAAAGACACGAGGCUAGUGCGUUGCACCCGGGUCAAAAGAUGAGAGGACAGCACAACAAGUUCUCCACCUACACACCCCUGAAUGUACCGCUCUUAGAGUUACUGAUGCAGAUCAAAAAGAAGGACUACAUCUCGUAG